AUGGGAAACAUCUCCAGCGCGGAUAAUGAUAGAGUCAACGAACUCUUGACCCGGAGAGCAAAGAAAAAGCUGGCCGACCGCAACAACAAGCAAAAGCAACAACAGGAGCAACAACUGCAACAGCAGCAACGGCUACACCCCCUGCACACCCCACACGACCCUUAUUUCCCCUCCACCAGCGACAGUUUAUACUCCAAUGGUGGCAUCCACUCAACUCCUGGCAACCCAAUGCUGCGUCAAAAGUCGACCAACAAGUGCCAUCCCCUCGACCAGGCAGAGUUCUAUGGCGCCGCCUCGAGUGAAUGGAGCAAUAUCAGAUAUAGCACAAGUACCCACAGCCUCAGCAGCGGGACAACAGCAGCGACUCAGAACAACAACAACAGCAACCGAAAUACCGACUACCUCCCGCAGAGCCCGGCUUCACCUUCGUUCUCGAUCCCGUCAUCGGCUACGACCCCGACCUCGGCCACCUAUAUCGAUGGUCCCUAUUUAAGCUCUAGGUUUGAGGAUCGGCAUCUUGAUCCCGUCUCAGUUCCUCCAUCUUCUCCUCAACAACGGCGCCCUCCCGCCGGCUCCCAGCUCUUCUCAGACACGGCCUCGACGACUACUACUGCAACGCACCAGUACCAUACCUCGCCGAUAGUCAUUCCCCAACAUCGAUAUAGCCAUCUCAGCAUUAAUAGCCUCGAUGACGGUUCCUUGAACAGCAACAACAACAGGAAAAACGGGCCUGCGUCGCCUGUGUUUCAGCCUUCGAGGCGUGGGUCAGAACACCACAUCCUCCACCACCAGCAACAGCAACAACUCUCCGCGGACCUUCGCCUCUUGGGUACUUCACCGGAGGCCAAGGACUGGCUUCGGCAAAAGCCCACAAGAUCGUCGACACACAUGAUUCACCAAUAUAACUUCCACCCGCACCAGUACUAUCAGCAGCCAGGUUCCAUCGUCAAGGUGGUCAACAAUACCUGUCGAAACAUGGGCGAUUACCCUAAUGUCCCCUCCCUACCAAGUCUAAAUGAACGCCCCUCUGGUCUAGGGAGUAGCAGUAACGGUCGAAGCAAGAGUUAUUCGAGCAGGGGGUCGGCCUCCACUACUCUUCCUUCUAUCUCUAACGGUUCGGCUAAUGCUACUACUGCUGUCAAUGGUACUAUUCCUUAUAACGCGGGUGGCAGCCGGCCGGCCUACACCUCUGAACCCAUUCCCACCCCCAGCGCAAGGGCAAGAGGCUUGAGUCAACCAGAGAUGACGGGUGAACGCAGCACAGGCGCACAUGACAACGGCUCGGCCGGUACUAGCAAUGAGGUCCAUGCACAUUACCCGGCGGUUCAGGGGCCACGUACAUCAACCAAGCUUGUUAUGUCGCGAUCCAAGCUCGUCUCACCUUUGGCCGCCUCACUCCCCACCCUUCCUUCUUCCAGCGCUGAGUCCUCGACCUCGAUUACAACAACUUCAAGGGGUGCGGCGAACGGAGACGCGCAGUUUGCUUCGGGCGAUGAGGGUUCAUUUAUUCCAUCGAAGCCACGGGCGUACCGCCCUAGCUCAACCCUCUCCUCGCUCCGGUCUCUUCUCGGCAACCAUCCCCAGGGUCUCUCUUUGAUCGAGUCUUUGGAGGAAGAAGAGUACAGCGAUGCAGACUCUCUCUCGGAUACUGAAACGGGCGACUCUGAAGGCGAUCUGAUCCAACGAACCGAGUCCUUGGCUCUUGACUCGAAUGGUACCAAUAACAAGGAAAAGCGAAGCAGCCGACGACGACCUCCACCCCAGUUUGAAUGGAUGGCAGCCAGGAGACGGUUCAGUUCCUCCAGCAUCUCGACCAUCAGCCGAGACAUCCAAGACAGUCAAAAGGGACAACAUGCACUCUGGAAGUACAUUGGCGGUGGAAACUCACACGCCCCAUUGCGAUAUGAUAUUGACCGGAUUCUGGACUCGGGUUGUGGUUUGGGAGAGUGGACUAUGGAAAUGGCCAAAGAGUUCCCGAAUGCAACUGUAUACGGUAUCGACAUCAAUCCAGAACUCUUCCCGAGUGUCCAUCAGGCAGUUCCGAGCAACUGUCUCUUCUCACCCUCAAACCUGUUGACCCGACUCUCGUUUCCGAACCAGUAUUUUGAUUUCGUCUACCAGCGAUUCCUCUACCUCGGUCUGACAGUCGAGGACUGGCCUGUGGCGUUGAAGGAGCUCCGGAGGGUGAUGAAGCCCGGUGGGUGGAUCGAGUUGUUCGAACCCUGUAUGCGCGUUCAUCGUGCAGGGACCCGUACCCGAGAAGUCAUGCGGUGGUGCUCGCGCCUCCUCCAGGAGGAACGUGGGCUCGAUUUCGAUUUCGCAGGCGAGAAAAUGAAGAGGCUCUGUGAAUCGCCCGAGAUUGGAUUCCAAAAUGUCAAACUGGAACGACUUUCGAUCCCUGUAGGAGCGUGGGGUGGGAGGGUCGGGCAAGCGAUGGCCGAGAAUAUGGUGUUGAUUUUCCAGACCUUGCAGUCGGCGUUGGUUCCUGUAGAGAUGACACCUUCGUUUGAUGGGGCUUCCAUGAAGGCGUUUGAUUUGAUGGUACAGAGUUGGAUUCGAGAGUGUGAGGAGAAUAAGUCGUACAUUGAUUAUUAUAUCCUUGUAGGACAGAAGCCUUUCGAGAAGGAGGCGUAG